GAGCAGCUGCCACGACCCGCGGUACGAGGCGCUGGCGGGGCGGUGCUGGGUGGAGGACCCCGCGGGCCGGGCCACGAUGCGGGCUGCCGCGCGGGAGAUCGAGCGGGUGGCGUGGGAGAACGCCCGCAGGGAGGCGCUGCGGCGCUGCCUCGACGGCGCGGCGCCGCUCGAGGAGCUGCGGAGGCAGGUGCUGCAGUCCCUGCUCGUACUGCAGGGCGGCGACGCCGUCCUCGACGAGGCCGCCGCCAGGCUCUUCGUGGAGCUGCGCAAGCGCGACCGCCAGACGGUCUCCAGGAACUGCGGGGUGCUGGUGAAGUGCUUGGAGCAGCUCGCGCGGAGCGAGACGGUGCAGCCGCUGAAAGCAGUCGUGGACGACUACGGUCUGCCCUUGGUCGGGUUUGUGCUCGACCUCACGUUCUCCUUCGGCUUUGCCCACGCCCUCUCCUUGCUCGUGAAGCGCGCGGUGGAGGGGGCCGACAUGAAGCUGAUGCUGAUGUCCUGGAGCGUCUCCCGGAUGCUGCGCGAGCCCGCGCCGCACCAGCAGCCUGAGAGGGCCACUGGGAGCGACCCCGAACCACCCGCAGGGCCCGGCGCACCGCUGCACGCUGCCGUGCCGUCAGAGAUGCAGAGACCCAGCGCCGCCCCGGCUGCGCCGCCGCUGCAGCCCCGUGCGGGCACCGGAGGGCAGCCCUCGGUGGGUCCGCCGCCGCCGCCGCCGCCUGCGGGCAACGGCUCGGCCGACGCGCCGCGGGAUGCCCCCGUGGCCGAGGCGUCCCGCAAGCGGCGCGCGGCGGACGAGGCCGCCCCAGCCACGGGCAGCGACACCGCGCCCGCGCAGAGGCCGUCCAAGCGGAGGCGCAUGGGCCAGGCGUCGGUGCUGUGCAUGCGAGAGCUCUUCCGCGCAGUGAUCCGGGACGGGGACAUCUCGGACGCCGAGCGCAUCGGGCUGCAGAAUGCGGCGGUGCUGCUGAGCCAGGUCCACGGGGAGACGUGGGUGCACUUCCCAGACGCCCAGGGCGAGCUGGUUGAGAUUGCUGGCUCGAGACGGCAGCUUCAGAAGCUAAAGGAGUUCCUGCAAAAGGUGGCAAAGGAGUUGCAGGUCGUCGAGACCACCUUGGAGGCGGAGGCACACGAGAGCGGCGACUGUAUGCAGUUGGUCGCGGUGCCGUGGGCGGGUGACAUCACAGCGCGCGAGCUGCAAGAUUGUUGCGAGCCCGAGGUGCCGCUGGAGUACUCUGGGCAGAACGGCUGGCUGUACAACAUAUUAUCGCUGUUGCCAUCCAAGUACAUGAUCAAGGCACGCGCGCAUGAGCUCGUAAACCACUACUAUGUCCAGACCGUCUCGCUGAAGGCAGAGGGGGCGCAGCCGCGACGGUCCUUGAUACAAAAGUUGAGCGAAUCUAGCCCGUUUGUAGCCCAGGCUGCAUCAGCUGCCCAUGGCGUUUGUGCAAACUUGUUGAGGCCCAUACUAUCUCGCGUCUGCAUUUUCUUCCUGAAAGUCUGGAGUGCUUUGGGCGUCUUUUGUUUGAUGCCAGCUCGUCACGGAAUGGCCUAUGUUGGCAAAUUGUUUGUACUCGCCGCCAGUUCCUUCUUGUGCGCCGUGGGCCUGGUGAGCAAGAGGCUUAGCAGCGGCCAGGACCACGUCUGGCCAGCCAUACAAUUUUUCUGCGUUGCCUUCCUACAUGAACACGUUAUGCGUUUGUUGAAUUUCAUUGUGUUGAUGGCCCGUUUUCGAGUGCUCUUAUGUCUGGCACAUUGUUACCCAGCCUACUUUGGCAAAGUUCUCGUUCCGUUUGUGUUUGUGGCGGAGAAGCUGUUGAAGUGGAAGGAGGACCAUUGGUUGUUUGGUUGCGCUUGCGCGCGGAACAUGAGCAUUCUAUCAUACGUGCCAGUGUUCGCCACGGACCUCUUGGUCUCGUCCCUCCUGACUGCAGUGCACCUGCUCGGCUUCGUGCCACUCUUGAGCCUCGCCUGCGAGCCGCUGAAGAGCGCCGUGGACGGCUACGCCCGACCCCUGGUCAUGUUCGUGCUCGACCUCACGCUCUCCUUCGGCAUCGCCGAGGGGCUGGCCCUCCUGGUGAAGAGUGCGGCGCGGGGGGCCAACCCGAGGCUGAUGCUCAUGUCCUGGAAACUCUCCAGGAGGCUGCGCGACGGGGCGCCGCGGCACCCCGACCCCGCUCGAGGGGAGGCCGCCGCGCGCUCGCCCGGGGCCGCCCCCGCCCUGCCCCGGGCCGCCCCCGCGGGGCCCGGGCCGGGCGCGAGCCCGGGCGAGCCGGUGCCGGAGUGGCGCGAGGACGGGGCCUUCAGCCUGUUCGACUGACGGCGGGGCGGCGGGGGCAGCAGGCGGGGCGUGGGAGCAGCGCCCCCUCUCCGGCCCCGGAGAUAUCCUGGCGCCCGGCCAGCCCUGGCGCCUGGUGAACCUGCGCGCGGGGAGGGAGCCGAAUGCCCACGUCCCCGAUCCCCCGGUGGGGGAUCCAGCCCCCCUCACCGAGGCGGAAUGGGAGAAUGGCAGGCGCGGCGCGGGUGGGCGGGCCGCCGCGCGGGGGCUGGGGGUGCCGACAUAGUGUAGCUAUGCCGGCGUGCAGGCGGCUCUGUCACACCGUGACCUGCCGUCGCUAACCUGCGCCGAGCCACUUUCUUUUCCGAGCCGGCCGGUUUCGCUUCUUCUCGAGCCCCGGGGCCGAC